UUCUGGUCGACAGACGGUCUGUGAGCCAUGGCGCCAAAGACUGUCAGGAAGCUUUUAGUGGACACGUUGGAGGAUCUGUCCGAGCAGGACCUGCAGAAGUUCCGCCACCAGCUCGUGGACCGCCGGGGGGAGCCUCGGGUCAGACUCAGGCGGGUGGAGGGGAAGGACUUUCUGGUGCUCACCGACGUCCUGGUCUCCACUUUCACCGAGAAAGGAGCGGUGCCUGUGGCUGUGGAGGUUCUCAGAGACAUCGACUGCAACCAGGACGCAGAAAGACUCGAAGAGGAGGUAGCUAAACAAUCCUCUGGAUCCAGUGACGUUUCAGCUGCAAGAGCCUCAUGUGGAGCAAAUGAUGGAAGCGGAAAGGCAGAGGGUGGAUGCUCAGAAAAGCACUUUGUGGACCAACAUAAAUGUCAGCUGAUCAGCAGAGUGAGCAACGUUGGACCAAUUCUGGAUGAGCUCUUGGAGAAAAAUGUCAUCCAGCAAGAAGCUUAUGAUAAAAUCCGGGCUCUGGCGACCUCUCAGGAGAAGAUGAGGGAGCUCUUCUCUACAUCCCUGAAAGCCAGUGAAACCUGCAAAGACAUCUUCUACAAAAUCCUUAAGAAAAAUGAACCAUAUCUCGUAGAUGACCUGCAGAGACAAUAGAAAAGUUGUUGGUGAAAUCCAUUUCUUGAACAAACAUGACUUGUGAUGAUGAAGUAUAGAUGUUAAUGGAUUUUAUCUACUUGGGUUUUUUUAAUGUUUAUCAGAACUGUUGCUCUUAAUUUUCUUAAGUUUCUUCUUUGUCCUCAUCAGCAAGGUUGAAUUUAAUUACUUUUUAAUUUUUUAACAAUCAUAUGUCAUGAGACACCUGUCAGGUUUAAAGCAACAUGUAGAAAGUUUUGAUCUGAUAAUCAUGAAGAAUUAAUUGAUUAAAAAACUACUAUUAUGCCCAAUGUUUGCAUGUAAAGCAAGUUUUAAACUCUCUUGUAUGCCUGAUAUGCUAAAUGAUUUUUUAAAGAUAAUUUGUUGU